AUGGCUGAUCGCAUUGAACCUGUCGAUGGUUCUGAGCCUGUUCGCCAGACCAGACAACGCGCUCCUACCAUUACCAUUGAUACGACGAACCUCGCCCCUGCAAUGGAGAUGUCGGAACUGAGUUCGGCUGGUGCUUCGUCACAAAUUCCUCUUCUUGCUCCGCCCAUCGAUGGCCCUUUUAUCAACGCCGUUCCCACCAUUCAGGACCCAACCCACCUGUCUCCACCAGCAACCCCCACUCUCGCCCCCGGAGAUGGAGGCUUUCUCGCGGUCCCCGGAAAGAAUACGCCUCCCAGAUCAAGAUCUUCUUCUAUCACGCAGUGGGAAGGCAGUACGUUCGGCGGCAGCAGCGUUUCCGAACAAACCGCCCACAAUAGCCCCGUUCAGGCACAAGAACAGUAUCACAAAUCUUUCACCCUGGAAGAGUCACGGCAGUUGUUGGUCGACCCAGAAACGCCUACGGAAGAUUCACCUUUCGCCUUCAAUGCAAAGCAGCUCGGCAAGCUCAUUGAUCCGAAGAACCUGGAUGUGUUGCGUGCCAUGGGGGGGCUUGAAGGGUUGAGGAGGGGUUUGCAGACGGAUCUUCAGGGUGGUUUGAGCGUCGAUGAAGUUAAUGUCGGAGGUCGUGUGGGCUUGGAGGAGUGCAUGAAGCUCGGUGCGUCGUCUGAUGUCCCAGGAGAUAUCGGCAAUUCGCCAGCUGUCGUUGCUGCUGGAAACCCGCAAAAGUCUGCCGAUGAUGCUCCUAAGCGUGCACCAACCGUUCCCCAUGCUGAGUUUGAGGGCGGGUACUUGGACCGUAAGAGAGCUUUCGGUAUCAACCGUCUCCCCGAAAAGAAGGUUAAGAGCAUCUUCGCGUUGAUGUGGAUGGCGUUGCAGGACAAGAUUCUCAUUAUGUUGUCUAUUGCUGCUGUUAUCUCACUUGCUCUAGGUAUCUACCAGACUGUCGGUACUCCGACGGAGUACAUUGAUGGACAACCUCAAGCCAAGGUCGAGUGGGUUGAAGGUGUUGCCAUCGUUGUCGCUAUUCUCAUCGUUACUGUCGUCGGUGCCUUGAACGAUUACCAAAAGGAACUCCAGUUCAAGAAGCUCAAUGCGAAGAAGGAAGAUCGUCAGAUCAAGGUUAUUCGCUCCGGAAAGACCGUUAUGAUUUCCGUCUAUGAUCUCAUGGUCGGUGACGUUGUCCACCUGGAGCCUGGAGAUAUGAUUCCUGUAGAUGGUGUUUUCAUUUCUGGACACAAUUUGAAAUGUGAUGAAUCUGCGGCAACUGGUGAAUCUGACGCCAUUAAGAAGCAGGGCGCGGAUGAUGCUAUCGCCCAGACAAACCCUGGCGAGGCUUUCUCGAACAAGCACGACCCCUUCAUCCUUUCCGGUUCCAAGGUCUUGGAGGGUGUUGGUACGUACGUCGUUACUGCUGUCGGUCCUAACUCCUUCCACGGAAAGACUAUGAUGGCUUUGCGUCAGGAGGCUGAGGACACCCCAUUGCAGGUGAAGUUGAAUCGUGUCGCUGAGGGUAUCGCUAAGCUUGGUGGAUCCGCUGCGUUGUUGCUCUUCACCGUCCUCUUCAUCCGUUUCUGUGUCAACCUUCGCGGAAGUACCGAGACUGCUGACCAGAAGGGUCAGAACUUCUUGCAGAUCCUCAUUGUUGCCGUUACUAUUGUUGUUGUCGCCGUUCCCGAAGGUCUUCCGCUUGCCGUUACGCUUGCGUUGGCAUUCGCUACUACUAGGAUGUUGAAGGACAACAACUUGGUCCGUCUUUUACGUGCUUGUGAGACUAUGGGUAACGCGACUACUAUUUGUUCCGACAAGACUGGCACGCUUACUCAAAAUCGCAUGACCGUUGUCGCCGGUACUGUUGGAUAUACUUGCCGUUUCGGCCAGAAGAGGCAGGAUGUCCUUGAGGAGCAGACUGGUACUGCUGAGGAGCUCGCUGAGGAGCAGAAGGAGAGGUCUCAAACUCUCAAGGGUCUCGACGACGAUGUAUUGAGCAUGCACACCUUCUCCGAGCAGUCUCCGGACUCUGUCAAGAAUCUUCUGCGCGAGUCUAUCGUUAUCAAUUCUACAGCUUUUGAGGGUGUGGACGAGCAUGGUGAGAAGGGCUUUGUCGGUUCCAAGACCGAGACGGCUCUCCUUGGAUUGGCUAGGUCUUUCCUCGGUAUGGGCGACGUCGGAGAGGAGCGUGCAAAUGCUCAAAUCGCUCAGUUGAUCCCUUUCGGCAGUGAGCGUAAGUGCAUGGGUGCUGUCGUGAAGUUGCCCAAGGGCGGCUACAGAAUGUAUGUUAAGGGUGCUUCUGAGAUCUUGUUGCGUCAAUGCACGAAGAUCAUCCAGGACCCUCUUACCGACAAUGGUUCCCUUACCACUAGUGAGCUUAAUCAGGAGAUCGAGGAGACUUUGCAGGAGACCAUCAUGCACUACGCUAACCGCUCUCUCCGUACCAUUGGUUUGGUGUACCGGGACUUCGAGCAGUGGCCUCCUAAAGACGCCAGGACUGCCCAGGAUGACCCGUCUCAGGCCGAGUUUGCUGACGUGUUCAAGGACAUGACGUUCAUCUGUGUCGUUGGUAUCAUGGAUCCUCUGCGUCCUGGUGUUGCUCAGGCCGUCAUCGACUGUCAGAAGGCCGGUGUUUUCGUUCGCAUGGUUACUGGUGACAACGUCGCUACUGCUCGCGCUAUUGCUACCGAGUGUGGUAUUUACACUGCCGGCGGUCUCGUUAUGGAAGGUCCUAAGUUCCGUGCCUUGCCUCAGCAUGUAAUGGAUCAGGUUAUCCCCAGGUUGCAGGUUCUUGCGCGUUCCAGUCCGGAGGAUAAACAGUUGCUCGUCAAGCGUCUUAAGGAGCUUGGCGAGACUGUUGCUGUCACUGGUGACGGUACGAACGAUGGCCCUGCUUUGAAGAUGGCCGAUGUUGGUUUCUCCAUGGGAAUUGCUGGUACUGAAGUCGCCAAGGAGGCUUCUGCCAUCAUUCUAAUGGACGACAACUUCGCUUCUAUUGUCCGUGCGAUUCUCUGGGGUCGUUGUGUCAACGAUGCUGUCAAGAAGUUUUUGCAGUUCCAGUUAACUGUCAACAUUACCGCUGUCUUGCUUACUUUCGUCUCCGCUGUUGCCAGUUCUGAGGGUGACUCUGUCUUGACCGCCGUUCAGCUUCUUUGGGUUAACUUGAUUAUGGAUACCUUCGCUGCCUUGGCUCUGGCUACUGAUCCUCCAGCAGAUGAGAUGCUCGAUCGCCACCCUGACCCGAAGUCCGCUUCCCUCAUUUCCUUUGAUAUGUGGAAGAUGAUCAUUGGACAGGCGAUCUACCAGCUUGCUGUCACGUACGUCUUGCACUUCCGUGGUAACGAGAUUCUCGGUCAUCAGACAGGCAACCGCCACCAGGACCGUCAGAUGGACACCAUUGUCUUCAACACGUUCGUCUGGAUGCAGAUCUUCAACAUGUUUAACAACCGUCGUUUGGACAGGAAGUUGAAUAUCUUUAUUGGUAUCUUCAAGAACUGGUGGUUCGCUGCCAUUGCGGCCAUCAUGAUUGGAGGUCAGGUUCUGAUUGUCUACGUCGGAGGUGCCGCUUUCUCCGUUGAGCGUAUCACUCCCGGACAGUGGGGUCUUUGUAUCAUUCUUGGUCUUAUCUCCAUCCCUAUUGGUGCGCUCGUCCGUCUCAUCCCGAACGAUCUCUUGCGCAAGGUUCUUCCUCUUGGACUUAUUGCUCGCAUGGAAAGGGCUUUGGGUAUGGGAAAGAACAAGAACGCUUUCACGUCUGACAACGGCAGUGAAGUUGAAUGGAACCCGGCCAUCGACUCCGUCAGAGACGAGCUUUCCGUCAUGAAGAGGUUGCGCGGUAAGAAGCGUCUUGGUGGUAUUGGUGAGAAGAGGAGUCUUCGCUCCUUCUUCGGUAAGCACGAGGCGGACUUACCUGAUGAGCAACAGCAAAUGGAACAGCACACCACCCCGGAUGCUGCUGGUGCUAUGGACCACCCUGGACCAUACCCCACCGGUGGCUUUUCUGGUCGUCAGCGUGCGACCAGGUCAAGGUCAAACUCUGCUUUCACUGCGGCGGCCUUGGUUCCCAGUCUUAUCGCGUCUUCCAUCGGUGCAGGAUGGACUCCAGCGGGUGAGCGGGGAGAGCCUACGAAGGGUUACGCGAACGUUGAUGUCGCUACACUCGAGGGAGUUGAGCAGCACCCGGACACGGAUCCUCAAAAUCCUAUGCCGUGGUCUGUGCCGCCCAGCCCCCGUCCGCACUCGAGAUCAAGGAGUAACAGUGAUAUCUCUACUCCGGGACCACAUCACGUCUAG